CAAAGCGCCUCCGGGCCAGGCGGGCGCCAUGGAGCUGCGGGCCUGGGUCCUGAUCUGGAGACUUGUGCUUCUGCAGAGUUCUGCCGUCCUUCUGUCUUCAGGGCCAUCAGGACCCGCGACCUCCGACAGGUCCGUGGUGUCCGAGUCCGCAGUAAGCUGGGCAGCAGGCGCCCGGGCGGUGCUGCGCUGCCAGAGCCCGCGCAUGGUGUGGACCCAAGACAGGCUGCACGACCGCCAGCGCGUCGUCCACUGGGACCUCAGCGGCGGCCAGGCUGGCGGUCCUGCGCGCCGACUGGUGGACAUGUACUCGGCGGGCGAGCAGCGCGUGUACGAGCCGCGCGACCGCGGCCGCCUCCUGCUGCCUCCCUCCGCCUUCCACGAUGGCAACUUCUCGCUGUUCAUCCGAGCGGUGGAGGAGACUGACGAGGGGCUGUACACCUGUAAUCUUCACCACCAUUACUGCCACCUCUACGAGAGCCUGGCCGUGCGCCUCAAGGUUACCGACGACCCCCGGGCGGCCGGCGCGCACUGGGACGGCGAGAAAGAGGUGCUGGCUGUGGAGCGCGGCGCGCCUGCGUUGCUGACGUGCGUGAACCGCGCGCACGUGUGGACCGACAGGCACUUGGAGGAAGCGCAGCAGGUUGUGCACUGGGACCGCCAGCCGCCUGGGGUGCCGCACGAUCGUGCGGACCGCCUGCUCGACCUUUACGCGUCCGGCGAGCGCCGCGCCUACGGGCCGCCCUUCUUGCGAGACCGUGUGGCCGUGGAGGCGGACGCGUUCGCGCGCGGCGACUUCUCGCUGCUCAUUGACCCGCUAGAGCCUGCAGACGAGGGUACCUACUCCUGCCACCUGCACCACCACUACUGCGGCCUGCACGAGCGCCGCGUCUUCCACCUGAGGGUCACCGAGCCAGCCGCCCGACCGCCCCCGCCCCCGCCCCCGCGGGACUCCCCGGGCAAUGGCUCCAGCCACAGCGGCGCGCCUGGCCCAGGUGCAGGAGAUCCCACGCUGACGCGAGGCCGCAGCGUCAUCAACGUCAUCGUCCCCGAGGGCCGAGCCCACUUCUUCCAGCAGCUGGGCUACGUGCUGGCCACCCUGCUGCUCUUCAUCCUGCUGCUCAUCACAGUCGUUCUGGCCACCCGGCAGCGCCGCCGUGGAGGCUACGAAUACUCCGACAAGAAGUCCAAGUCAAAGGCGAAGGACAUGAAUAUGGUAGAGUUUGCUGUGGCCUCCGGGGACCAGGCUCUUUACAGGAGUGAGGACAUUCGACUAGAUUACAAAAACAACAUCCUGAAGGAGAGGGCUGAGCUGGCCCACAGCCUCCCGCCCGCCAAGAACAUCGACUUGGACCAAGAGUUCAGAAAGGAGUACUGCAAAUAAGGUGACUCCAGGCUCCUGGCUGGGCCAGCAGCUCUGCCAACUCUUUGUCUGUCCACCUCGGAGGAUUCUUCCUGACCCCCAUGCAGCUCACCUGGCCCCCCUUCCAGCGGCUGGUCCCGCUGUCCAGGAACUUGGCCUGGACCGGUGCAAAGUGAGGCUGCCUCCAGGCCCUCAGGACCACCUAGUCUUCCAAUGCGCUCGUGGGCUCCCUGGAAUCUGCCGGCGCUGCAGCUGGUCCCUUCAGCAGCCCUCACCAUGUGCCCUUCCCUCCUCACGUGGCCAAGACCCUGCUGAUGUCCACCAGUCCCUCAGGCUCUCCUGGCCUCUGCCCACCGGGGGCUGGGAGCCCCACCUCUGCAGGGGUGGAGGGCAGGACAGGGCUCAGUGGGGAUUCUUGGGGUCUGGGUCAGCCUCAGGGCUGGCAGUCCUACCUUCCUCAGGAGACCUGCCUGCUGGCUCCCCUCGACUGCACCCCACGUUACCCUGCCAGACUGUAGUGGGCUCUGCAUGGCAACCCAAAGCCUGUGCACUCCAGGUCUGGGGCUAGUGUCUCUCUGCACUGCAUCUGGCCACCUGGAGCUGCCUCUCUGCUUACCCUGCUCCAGCCCCGUUUUCAACAAGUUGCCUUGACAGUCACUGGGCUCCACGUGACUUCUGACCCUGACCCCCUUCUCUCAGCCCUUCCUUGGGCUGGAGUCCAGGGAUGAGGCCUCAUUGACUCUGUUUUGGCUGAGGACCGGAGGAUGGUGUCAAGAUGGUCUUAGAGUGGCCAGUGCUGCCACUCCCGACACCCCACACUUGCUCAUCCUGGGGAAUUGCUAUCGUCUCAAUAAAGACCACAUCGAUUUUAGACCUGGGCCCAAGGAUGCCUCUGCUGUUCCCCUCCA